GUGUGGUCGCUGCCCCAGGCCGCCAUGGGCAAACAGAACAGCAAGCUGCGGCCCGAGGUGCUGCAGGACCUGCGCGAGAACACGGAGUUCACCGACCACGAGCUGCAGGAGUGGUACAAGGGCUUCCUCAAGGACUGCCCCACCGGCCACCUGACCGUGGAUGAGUUCAAGAAGAUCUACGCCAACUUCUUCCCCUACGGCGACGCUUCCAAGUUCGCCGAGCACGUCUUCCGCACCUUCGACACCAACGGCGACGGCACCAUCGACUUCCGGGAGUUCAUCAUCGCGCUGAGCGUCACCUCGCGCGGCCGCCUGGAGCAGAAGCUCAAGUGGGCCUUCAGCAUGUACGACCUGGACGGCAACGGCUACAUCAGCCGCGGCGAGAUGCUGGAGAUCGUGCAGGCCAUUUAUAAGAUGGUAUCCUCGGUGAUGAAGAUGCCGGAGGAUGAAUCCACUCCGGAGAAACGGACAGACAAGAUCUUCCGACAGAUGGACACAAACAAUGAUGGCAAACUGUCCCUGGAAGAGUUCAUUAAAGGUGCCAAGAGCGACCCCUCCAUCGUCCGGCUGCUACAGUGUGACCCCAGCAGCGCAAGCCAGUUCUAAGGGCACAGAAGCCCCUGGGCCUGUCUUGCCGUCUCAGCUUUGCUUGUGAGCGUGGAUGUCUCCUCAGCCGUUCCUGCCUCUCCCGGGCCCGCGCCAGGCCACACACCCCGGCCCAGCCGCCUGUGUCCCCCUGCUCCGCCCGACCAGCUCGGCAUGCCCCCUGCCCACCCCCCUCGGCCUGUUCCUUUCUGGGGUGACACACGGGGCAUGUUGACACACAGGGCUGUCCCCAGCUCUGGGGCCACCCCGUACCACUGGGAGUCCCCGACCCUGAGGAUGCCAGGUGGGCUUCCUCAGACAGCCUUGAGGCCGGCCCAUCAUUUCGUCACCCUGGGCGACCCUGCUGGGAGGUGGGAGCAGAAGCGAGGAGAGUGGACCAAGCUGAGCAUGGCUCCUUCCUGAGCAUGGCUCCGCCUGUCUGUCUGUCUGCCCUCUCCAACCCACACUGAUUGCACUUACGUAAACGGUGGUAUCCCUGCUUCCCCAUGUGUAAGUUACACGUGUGGUGAGCUCCGUGUCCCCGUCAAUCCCGUAUUUAACGCCCAUCUGACUGCCUUCCAGGCAAGCCCCCCAUGGGGUCUGCCCGUGAUGCCCCCGAUCCUGGUGUCCUGUGGUGUUUGCUCCGGAGACCGUGCAUGUGUGCCCGGAGCCCCCCGCCCCCAGCCAUCUGCCCUGUGAGUGCGCGGGUGCACGGAAGGUCUGUUCUCCCUGUCCAUCCGUCUGGUAUUUCCUGGGUUAAAAUGACCAAAUAAACGGAGUUUAUCUGGA